UUUUAAAGCAUCAAAGUCCCAAAAGAAAUCGGUCAUCUUUCCUGGAAAAUUCCAACGUCACCGACCUGCAAAAUCCAACCCCAAGAAACGGCACCUCCAAUCUUGAUUUGUUCAUCUUCAAAUCCUCUCUUUCUCUCUCUCUCUCUCUCUCUCUCUCUAUAUAUAUAUAUAUAUAUAUAAAAUAUGUAUAUAUAUCUACGCGUUUGAGUUCCUAGUUACUGGCCCUAAUUCUCUCUCUCUCUCUCUCUAUAAUUCUGGAAGCUUUGAUCCUCUUCUUCUUCCAUUGAGAAAGAGAGUUAGGUUGAGCAACAACACCCAAGUACGAAUUCUUCAACAAUUUUCCCGUACUGGGAUUGGAUUUUUUGGCUAUUUUCGUCUUCAAAUUUUGUGGGUUUUGUUAAUUGAAGAUUGAUUGAGGAUGAUGAAGAAAGGCAAAUUGGAAAAGUGCGAUAUGUUUGUGGCUCUGAGCAAGCAAAGAUCGAUUCAGAUUCUGAUCGGUGUUGGGCUUUUGUAUCUAGUUUUGGUCACUGUGGAAAUCCCAUUUGUUUUCAGAGCUGGUUUCAGUGCCGUUUCACAGGAGUCCCUGUCUCGGCCCAACAGGCUUAACAUCGAGGAAGAGCUGGAAGAGAGAGAAGCUCCGACUCGGCCCCUCGAAAGCGUCUCUAUGAAUUCGAAUGAGCCAACUCAGAGUCGGAAACCGGACCAAAUGGUCGUUUCUCGGUUGAAAUUCGACCAGAAAAUGUUCGAAUCGGACAGCAAAAGCGGUGCCACGGAGCUUUACAAGUCGGCGAAGGUUGCUUGGGAAGUUGGGAAAAAGUUCUGGAAGGAACUACAAUCUGGGAAAGUGAGAAUCAAUUCGGAAAAGGUCGAGAACCGAUCGGAGUCUUGUCUGCAUUCGGUUUCGCUAACUGGGUCGGAGUUUGCUGCCGGCGGCAGAGUCAUGGUGCUUCCAUGUGGGCUUACAUUGGGCUCUCAUAUAACUCUGGUUGGGAAACCUCGUGUGGCUCAUGAAGAACACGACGCGAAGAUAUCGAUGACCAAGGAUGAUGAUGAUACGGUGUUGGUUUCUCAGUUCAAGAUCGAGUUGCAGGGGUUGAAGACUGUAGAUGGUGAAGACCCACCCAGGAUUUUGCAUUUCAAUCCGAGAUUGAAAGGGGAUUGGAGCGGUCAGCCGGUGAUUGAGCAAAACACUUGCUAUAGGAUGCAGUGGGGGUCUGCCCAAAGGUGUGAAGGGUGGAAAUCCAGGGCUGAUGAAGAAACUGUUGAUGAUCAGGUGAAGUGUGAGAAGUGGAUUCGUGAUGACAAUGGUCGCCUAGAGGAGUCCAAGGCAACAUGGUGGUUAAGCAGGUUAAUCGGCCGAACCAAAAAGGUGACAGUUGACUGGCCAUUCCCAUUUGCGGAGGAUAAACUUUUUGUUUUAACUCUUAGUGCUGGGUUCGAGGGUUAUCAUAUUAAUGUUGAUGGGAGGCAUGUCACCUCUUUUCCUUAUCGCACUGGAUUUACUCUUGAGGAUGCCACUGGUCUAUCAGUGAAUGGUGAUGUUGAUGUCCACUCAGUCUUUGCUGCCUCUUUGCCCACAUCACAUCCUAGUUAUGCUCCACAACAGCAUCUUGAUCUGUCAAGCAGAUGGGUUGCCCCCCCUCUUCCUGAUGGGGAGGUCGAGCUCUUCAUUGGUAUUCUUUCUGCAGGCAACCAUUUUUCUGAGCGGAUGGCAGUUAGGAAGUCUUGGAUGCAGCACAGGCUUAUCAGAUCGUCAAAUGUGGUAGCUCGUUUCUUUGUAGCACUGCAUGCUAGAAAGGAAGUGAACGUUGAGUUAAGGAAAGAAGCAGAAUUUUUUGGUGAUAUUGUUAUAGUACCUUACAUGGAUAACUAUGACCUCGUCGUCUUGAAAACUGUUGCAAUUUGCGAGUAUGGGGUUCGCAGAAUGUCUGCUAAGUAUAUUAUGAAGUGUGAUGAUGACACAUUUGUAAGAGUGGAUGCAGUUAUUGAUGAAGCAAAGAAAGUGCCCGAGGGUAGAAGUUUGUAUGUGGGAAACAUAAAUUACUACCAUAAGCCCCUGCGCUAUGGUAAAUGGGCAGUGACGUAUGAGGAGUGGCCUGAAGAAGAUUAUCCACCUUACGCAAAUGGACCAGGUUACAUUCUAUCAUCUGACAUUGCACAAUUCAUCGCAUCUGAGUUUGAAGCACGUAAAUUGAGGUUAUUUAAAAUGGAAGAUGUAAGUAUGGGAAUGUGGGUAGAAAAAUUCAACAGGACAAACCCAGUAGAGUAUCUCCACAGCUUGAAGUUCUGCCAGUUUGGUUGCAUAGAAGAUUAUUUGACAGCACAUUACCAGUCUCCGAGACAGAUGCUCUGCAUGUGGGAUAAAUUGCAGACGCAGGGAAGGCCACAUUGCUGUAAUAUGAGAUGAUGAUUAUGAUGUUUUCGACCACCGUGGAGAAAUCUGAGAAUGAAUAUGGAGAAAAAAGUUUUGCAGUCAUAGCAUCUUAUAAUGUAUAUUCUGUGAAGGUUGACUGAUCUUUAUCCGGGUCUGUACAAAAUUGCCUUUCAAUUUCAUUCAUUGUUUCUUGCCCUUUCCUUUUUGCCUUUUUUUUUUUUUUUUUUUCACUCCUCUUUUGAUCUUGAGGCUGGAGGAUGAUGAUAAAGGUGGCUUAGAAUGUGUAGAUAGAGUACUAAAUUUUGCAUCAGAAUCACAGCACAGAAGAUAAUGAAGUAGAAAAACAUUUUAGAUU